CCGGAGGGGCGCGGGCCGGGAGGCGGAGACUCUCAGGGAGAGCGCGCAGGCUCUGCCGCGGGCCGGUGCGCUUCUCGGAGGCGACCCGGCAGUCCGACGGGACCAGGCGCCGAGCAGCCAGCGAGCGGGCAGCCGCGAGUGGGGCCAGUUCCAUCUGCCGCCGGGCCAGGCGGGCAUGAGCGCGGCGGGGCCCUGGUCGCCCCCCGCACCUCCCGGCGCGUCCCGGCCCUGACCUGAGCGGGGGGCGUGGCCGCACGCGAGCCCGCGAGCCGAUGGGCGCACUGAGCCGGGCGCGGGGGCGCUGAGCGUCGGAGCGGGCGCGGCCGGGAGCCAUGGACUGCAGCCUCGUGCGGACGCUCGUGCACAGAUACUGUGCAGGGGAAGAGAACUGGGUGGACAGCCGGACAAUCUACGUGGGACACAGGGAACCCCCACCCGGCACGGAGGCCUACAUCCCACAGAGGUAUCCGGACAACAGGAUUGUCUCCUCUAAGUACACAUUUUGGAACUUCGUACCCAAGAAUUUAUUUGAACAAUUCAGAAGAAUAGCCAACUUCUAUUUCCUUAUCAUAUUUCUGGUACAGCUGAUCAUCGACACGCCUACGAGCCCCGUCACAAGUGGCCUCCCGCUCUUCUUUGUCAUCACCGUCACUGCUAUCAAACAGGGUUAUGAGGACUGGCUUCGCCAUAAAGCAGACAACGCCAUGAACCAGUGCCCUGUUCAUUUUAUUCAGCAUGGCAAGCUUGUUCGGAAGCAGAGUCGAAAGCUAAGAGUUGGGGACAUCGUCAUGGUGAAGGAGAAUGAGACCUUUCCCUGUGAUCUGAUCUUCCUGUCCAGCAGCCGGGAAGACGGGACAUGCCACGUUACAACUGCCAGCUUAGAUGGAGAAUCGAGUCACAAAACUCACUAUGCCGUCCAGGACACCAAGGGCUUCCACACCGAGGAGGACAUCGGCCAGCUCCAUGCCACCAUCGAGUGCGAGCAGCCACAGCCCGACCUCUACAAGUUUGCUGGUCGUAUAAAUGUUUACAGCGAUCUGAAUGACCCCAUGGUGAGGCCAUUAGGAUCAGAGAACCUGCUUCUGAGAGGAGCCACACUCAAGAACACCGAGAAAAUCUUUGGCGUUGCUAUCUACACGGGCAUGGAGACGAAGAUGGCACUAAAUUAUCAGUCCAAAUCCCAGAAGCGAUCCGCUGUGGAAAAGUCCAUGAAUGUGUUCCUCAUCGUGUACCUCUGCAUCCUGAUCAGCAAGGCCCUGAUAAACACCGUCCUCAAAUACGUGUGGCAGAGUGAGACAUUUCGAGAUGAGCCCUGGUAUAAUCAGAAAACUGAGUCAGAAAGGCAGAGGAACCUGUUCCUCAGGGCGUUUACCGACUUCCUGGCCUUCAUGGUCCUGUUCAACUACAUCAUCCCUGUGUCCAUGUACGUCACGGUGGAGAUGCAGAAGUUCCUGGGCUCCUACUUCAUCACCUGGGACGAGGACAUGUUUGACGAGGACACCGGCGAGGGGCCCCUGGUGAACACAUCGGACCUGAACGAGGAGCUGGGCCAGGUGGAAUACGUCUUCACGGACAAGACCGGCACCCUGACGGAGAACAACAUGGAGUUCAAGGAGUGCUGCAUUGGGGGCCACGUCUACGUGCCCCAUGCUGUCUGCAACGGCCAGGUGCUCCCCGACGCCACCGGGAUCGACAUGAUCGACUCCUCGCCUGGCGUCAGCAGCAGGGAAAGUGAGGAGCUGUUUUUCCGGGCUCUCUGCCUCUGCCACACCGUCCAGGUGAAAGAUGAUGACAAUGUGGAUGGCCCCAGGGUGUCGCUGGACUCCGGGAAGUCCUGUGUGUACAUCUCAUCCUCGCCCGAUGAGGUGGCGCUGGUCGAGGGCAUGCAAAGACUGGGCUUCACGUACUUAAGGCUCAAGGACAGUUACAUGGAGAUACUGAACAGGGACAACGACAUUGAGAGAUUUGAGUUGCUGGAAAUUCUGAGCUUUGAUUCAGUAAGAAGAAGAAUGAGUGUAAUUGUGAAAUCUGCUGCAGGAGAAAUUUACCUGUUUUGCAAAGGAGCAGACUCGUCGGUGUUCCCCAGAGUGAUCGAAGGCAAAGUGGAGCAAGUGCGUUCGCGGGUGGAGCACAACGCGGUGGAGGGGCUCCGGACCCUGUGCAUUGCCUACAAAAGGCUCAUCCCAGAAGAAUAUGAAGGAAUUUGCAAACUGCUACAGGCUGCCAAAGUGGCUCUUCAGGAUCGAGAAAAAAAAUUAGCAGAAGCCUAUGAGCAAAUAGAGAAAGAUCUUAUUCUGCUCGGCGCCACUGCAGUUGAGGACAGGCUCCAGGAGAAAGCUGCUGAUACCAUCGAAGCCUUGCAGAAGGCUGGGAUCAAGGUCUGGGUCCUCACAGGGGACAAAAUGGAGACGGCAGCGGCCACCUGCUAUGCCUGCAAGCUCUUCAGGAGGAGCACGCAGCUGCUCGAGCUGACCACCAAGAAGAUCGAGGAGCAGAGUUUGCACGAUGUGCUUUUCGAGCUCAGCAAGACUGUCCUGCGUGGCAGCGGCAGCCUGACCCGGGACACUUUCUCAGGGCUUUCAGCAGACCUGCAGGACUAUGGGCUAAUCAUCGACGGGGCUGCGCUGUCCCUGAUCAUGAAGCCCCGAGAAGAUGGGAGCUCCGCCAACUACCGGGAGCUCUUCUUGGAGGUCUGCCGGAACUGCAGUGCUGUGCUGUGUUGCCGCAUGGCCCCCCUGCAGAAGGCCCAGAUUGUUAAAUUAAUCAAACUUUCAAAAGAGCACCCUAUUACAUUAGCAAUCGGAGAUGGCGCCAACGACGUCAGCAUGAUCCUGGAAGCCCACGUGGGUGUAGGGAUCAUUGGGAAGGAGGGCCGGCAGGCUGCCCGGAAUAGUGACUAUGCAAUACCCAAGUUUAAGCAUUUGAAGAAGAUGCUUCUUGUUCACGGGCAUUUCUACUACAUCAGGAUAUCCGAGCUGGUGCAGUACUUCUUUUACAAGAACGUCUGCUUUGUUCUGCCGCAGUUCUUAUUCCAGUUCUUCUGCGGGUUCUCACAGCAGACUUUGUACGACACUGCAUAUCUGACGCUGUACAACAUCAGCUUCACGUCCCUGCCGAUCCUCCUGUACAGUCUGAUGGAGCAGCACGUCAGCAUGGACGCGCUCAGGAGGGACCCCGCCCUGUACAGAGACAUCGCCAAGAAUGCACUGCUCCGCUGGCGAGCAUUCAUCUACUGGACCUUCUUGGGAGUGUUUGAUGCUCUGGUAUUCUUCUUUGGUGCUUAUUUCAUGUUUGAAAAUACGACAGUGACCAACAACGGACAGAUAUUUGGAAAUUGGACCUUCGGGAUGCUGGUGUUCACAGCGAUGGUAUUUACAGUCACCCUAAAGCUGGCACUGGACACACAUUACUGGACCUGGAUCAACCACUUUGUCAUCUGGGGCUCACUGCUCUUCUACGUCGUCUUUUCCCUCCUCUGGGGAGGGAUUAUCUGGCCGUUCCUCAACUACCAGAGGAUGUACUACGUGUUCAUCCAGAUGCUGUCCAGCGGGCCCGCCUGGCUGGCUGUCGUGCUGCUGGUGACGGUCAGCCUCCUCCCUGACGUCCUCAAGAAGGUCCUGUGCCGACAGCUGUGGCCAACAGCGACAGAGAGAGUCCAGAAGAGCACGCAGCACAAGGCACCGCUCAGCACCGCACCCAGCAGCGACGGGCCCCUUCUGAAGGACCUCUUACCGCAGCUGAGGCGUGACUAGCUCGACGCUAGGUAACGGUAUGGCCACUGCUGCGCUGGGCACUCAGGCCGGUGUGCUGUGACUCUUUGAGACUGUCCAUGUUCUCCAAAGUUUUGCUGUGUUGUGCUUUUUUUUUUUUUUUUUUUUUGAUAACUAAGUUUCACUAUGAAAAGAGAACAAACCCUCUUUACACACACACACCUUUGCUGUCGCAGGUAAGUAAUGUGCCUGAGGGUGACCGGCACACACGUGCAUACCCCCCACACAUGCACGCCUAGCUGCUGGCUGUGUCCAGACAGGCUCACUCCUGGACCUUCGAGGGGGAUUUAGGCAGCCAUUGGGAGGAUCCUGAUUUAAAACCCAAAGUAGAACAUUGCACAGGUCAAGGCCACUUGGAGUGAAUCCACUGUCCACCAGCUGCCUGCCUGGGAGCACCUGUGUCCUCUUGGUGUAGCCGGACGUUCUGGUCUGGCCCCACACCUGGUCAGUUCUGACUCCUCUGUGAACCCUUUAUCCUGAUGGGCUGUUGGUCUGACUGUGGUGACAAGAGAGGUAACGUGGGCCACAUGCACAGGCAUGGUCAGUGUGGUACCGCCCACCCCAGGCCUCUCCUUCCUGCCCAAGAGGGAGGAUUAGCCUUUCAUAUCCAGGGGUCUUGAGGGCCUGUGAGCUUUCUUGUAUGUUACGACAGUUAUGGGGGAAGCCUCAUGCCACUGUCCAUCCCUUCACCCCCUGCCCCACUCAUUAUCUGGGAUGUCAGCCCAUCACCUGAAGGCACAACAGGAGGCAGGCGCUGGCAUCUGUGUGCAGAGAGACCGUACCUCUCUGCUGCCUCCACCAGGGGAAGGGACCUGCCCUCGGGACCAGGUCUGACCAUCCUUCUGGAGUUGGUGGGGUAGCAGUUGGCACCUCUGAAAGUGGCUCCAGUCAGCGUUGGCAGCCACGGAGCUUCCUGGCACUGCCCUGCUUCACAUCUCUCAGCAGAACGCGUGCACAGUGUCAGGGCCAUGUUCCAGAGCCGACCCCUCUUGCCUCUCCACAGAACCCCCAGCCAUCGGACGCCUGGUGUGGUCCCCGCCCUCAGGACGUGGCCUUCACAUUCUGGAAGA